AUGAAGAUGUCGAAACAAACUGUCAUCCGUUGUCUUGUAGAUGAUACGGCUUUGACCAGGAACCUCGAGGAGAUUGAGAGCUGGGUCUCGCAGGGCCUUAUUAUUCUUGUUGUGCCCUUGUACACGCUCUCUCGCUUGAACGUCUUGAAGAAAGAUUCUUCACAGAUCGGCGUCAGCGCGCGUAAAGCAUUGAAAUUCCUCGACCGCAGCACUUCCUCUCGCGGCGAUUUACGCCACGACCCAGUCAUCCUCCAAGGUCCCGACGACCAAUACCCGACCUGGGCUGAGGUGGAGGCACACUACACAAACGAAAGUAUGAAGACUGCUGGGAUGAACGAAGGAGAGGAGUCCAUUCGAAUCAUGGACAACAAACAGGAGAAGGACUCUGAUAUUCCCUUCAAGGUUGGCGCAGGAGUCGCAGGUCCGUUGUCGCAACUCCUCUUGGACAAACUGAACUUUGCGAAAGAACCAACGACCAUGUCACCCGGCUCUACGCCACCUUUGUCGCCCUCCUCCUCUGGACCGCAGAGCUCUAAGACCAGCCCUGAGGUCAAGUCGGCCACCAUUAUCAGCCACGAUCAGACACCCGUUCCACCAUCGCUCAAGUCUCUACUUAACCCCGUCGUGUGGUAUGUGCACGAGAAGAAGGCUCCUGCCAAUGAGGGUCUCCUCUUUCUUACCAACUCAGCUGACACUAUGCACCUCGCACGGGACUUUGGGAUCCCCACCAAAAAUAUUCAUCAACUGAGGAGUGAGCUCGGCCUGGGAGAGAACGAACUCCCCACGCAAGAAAAUUCCAAGAAGGACAAGGCCAAGGAAAAGGCGAAAAGAGCAUCCAAUUCGGAGCCAAAGACUCUUUUCAGCUACGAUGACGUCGAGAGUGACGAGGAGGAGGUCGUUUUCAAGCCAAGGGGUCGAGGCUCAGCGCGCGCAGCACAGUCGUCGCGAGGUGCUGGCGCUGGUAGCAUCCGCAGCCGAGCAGGAAAUACGCGGUCUCCGCGAACCUCCUUCAGUAACCCUGCGCAGUCGGCGCAGAACAAACCACAAAUUCCGGUUGAAGAGAUUGACCCAGAUUCGUUUGACCGUGGCAGCUUCGCACGGGGCAACACACCGCUCGUCAAUACGAGCAACCAUGUCCCCCAUCAAUUCAGCAGUGGCCGUGGAGCCUACCGCGGAAGUUAUGGCCGCGGAGGGGGACGUGGGUCGAACUUCAACCGUGGUUACAGCAAUGGAUUCGAACGUGGAUCGACCCGCGGCAGAGGUCGUUUGUUCGUCCCUUAA